CAAGUAGUAUUUUUGUGCAAAAAUAAACAUUCAAGUGUGAAAUAUGAUCAUAAAUUAUUUUUUUAUUGCUUUAAAGCUUUUUUCCUUUGAGUGUUGUCCCAUUGACUUUGUUUGUUUGACAGCAGCAGUUGUUCUUUUCCACUCACUGGCUCAUGUUAAUGCAGACAGCCAGUCGUCUACUAGAAGUGCAGAGUAAUAGAUACUAAAAACCCUAAGGUCAUUUAAAAGUUUCACUUAAAGUAAGGGAUUCUUUUCAAUCUUUAAAGUGUUUUAUUUUUGUUAAAUAUUUAACCCUGAAGAAUCCAUGGGGCAAAUUUGGCUGCUGUUUUUAUUAUUAUUAUUAUUUUGUUUUAAUAUUUUUUUCAAUAUUUUUAAAUAUUGUUUUAAUUUUUUUAUUUAGCCACCUUUAUUGUUGCUACCUAAAAUAAAAAAAAACAAUUGUAAAAUUAAUUUUGAAAUUCCUCAUUCCAACUGAUUAAAGUAUUAAAUUAAAUCAAGAAAAUGGUGAUAUAAAAUUAUAUCUUUUUGAGACACUACCCAAAUAUUUUACUUAAAGUUUUUAUGUAUUUAUUUAUUUUUACCUAAAACUGAAAUAAAUAAUAAAACAGCAUUCUUCUUUUCCCUUUCAAAUGAAAAAAACAGAAAAAAAGAAAUAAUUUAACAUAGCUUUCAAACUUCGGCAAUUAACCAGCUUCAAACUUUUGCUUUUGUUUUAAAUUAUAAGUGCAUUAUUUCCCAUGAUUUACAAAAACUUCCUUUGUGAUCAAACCUUUCUGGUCCUUUUUUCCACCCUUCAUUGCUCUGCACCCAAAAAAGAGAAAACCCCCUAUUUUACAAGGUUGUUGAUGAAUUCUUUUUCAUGGAAACUAUGUCAUUUCUGCGUCGUCUUUGUGUCAAAACAGUGGAAAAACCCCUACAAAAAAGCCUUUUUACUCUAUUUUUUCUGCUUUUAACACCUCCGGCCAGCUCUUUAGGCUUUUUGCCAAUCAGUUUCAUAGUUAGACCUGUUUGACACGUCAGUUUCCAUCCCUGCACCUCCCCCAUGUGUCCACGCUGCUCAGGUGACACCAAGUCAGGUGCAGACACACCCCUGGCAGCUGCCUACAAAACAGCGCAGCCUGAGUCUUCCCUCAGAACGUCUGCCUUGCAAGUUGAGGACAACGCUUUUCUCUCAUCACUUUCUCAAAAGGGAAGAAAAUCAGUGCAUCAUGCCGGCCAGCAUUUGUGGAACCUGGGAAAUGAUCAGCAAUGUGAAUUUUGAGGGGUACAUGAUUGCUCUCGGUAUCGGCCCCUACUUGCGAAAAAUUGCUCUGAGACUGAAACUGAAGAAGGUGAUUGAGCAGCAAGGAGAUCUAUAUGUCAUCAAAACUGUGAGCACCUUCAAGAAUUACACCUUCUCCUUCAAACUAAACCAGGAAUUUGAGGAGUUUACACAGGGACUGGACAACAGACACGUCAAGUCACUGGUGACAUGGGAGGGGAAUAAACUGGUGUGUGUUCAAACUGGGGAGAAGAAGAACAGAGGCUGGACACAUUGGAUUGAAGACGACAAGCUCCACCUGGAGCUGUACUGUGAAGGAGAGCUCUGCCGACAGGUGUUUAAAAAGAAGUAAAGAGAAAUGAGAGACAUUUCUGGAGCAGCGAUGGAGGACAGUGCUGGCCUGAUUCCAUGCUGUUAACCCCGACAAACGAAACCGCACAAGACAACAAGUCUGUGGAGUUUUCUCUGUGAUGGGAUUCCAAAUAUCAUUCCAGAGAAUAUUUUUUGUUGCUGUCAGGGUUCAGACAUCCACCACUAGGUGGCACAGUUGCACUACUUUUAUAAGACACUGCAGCUUUUUGGUGGAGCUGGCCUCCGUCUGUGGUGGAGCAGGCCAAAAUUUGACUAUAAAGUUAGACACAAGGUUGAUACUUUGGUUGCCUGCUUGAAAAACGUAUGACAAAUAAUAGUCUUAGUCACUUCAAUAUGCACUAUUGUUUCAUUUUUCAUCCUAUCUCCAGCUGCAACAAGUUUGAUGUUCUAAUGUACACCAGUGCAUUUACAUGCAUUUGGGGUUCAGGACCAUAGUAAUAUAUUUUUACAACUGUAUAUUAAAUAUAAUACCAUGGAGAGAAAAGUAAAAUUUUAGAUUUCACUGUUACAUUGUUUUUUUAUAUAUACAUUGAGUGCAUUUAAUGUAAUUUAUGAUUCAACUCUAAAAUAAAACAUGU